CUAAGAAACAAGUGCAGUGAAGUGAAAUACUAUACGAAACGUAUUUUCAGUUGAAAUCAAGCGACCAAUUAAAAACCUAUCAUGACCGAAGCCGAGAAGAACGCCGUAGUCGCAACCGCUGAGGCAGAAGCUGAAGCCGAAGAAACUACCAAUGCCGAUAAUGAUGGAAAUGAGGGAGAAACUCAAAAGGACAAUGAGCACCAACGUAAAAUUAACGUCGGAAACUUACCCAAGGAUGUUACUGAACAGCAGCUUAGGGAUCACUUUGCCGGCCACGAGAUAGAGCGCGUUGAUAUUUAUCACUAUCUACGCAACACGCUGGCACUGUUGCUGUUUAAGGAUAAGAACAGCGCCCAGAAGGCGAUCGAUGAGAAAGAUGGAACAAUGUUGAACGAGCGUCGUUUGCGCAUUCACAUGGAGUACAUCACGAUUCGAUACACGAAGAAGGAUGUUAUUGUGCUGGUUGUGGACGACGAUAUGACCGAGGAAAAGCUUUAUGAUCUUGUAAAGGAACACAGCGAAGUGACGCAGGUAUUCAUCUUUCAUCCGCUUGGAUACGUGCAUCUUGGCAAGGAUGCCGAUAAAGCCGCCGUUCUGGAGAAGUUGAAUUCUUCAGGAUUGAAGGCUUACGACGUGAACGGACGCGAUCAGAACCAGCACGUUGAUUUGUGGCGUGCGGCGAAAUUGUUCUUUCGCAACCGCAACCGUGUGCAACUGCUGAACGUUCCGCAAAAAUGGGUCGAGGAUACUGAGGAGCUGAAGAAAGCUUGUUCAGAGGCCGGCACCAUCACGGAGGCGGUGGCUAACAACGUAAACCAAUCAUCGUCCAACUAUUAUGCCCGGAUCUUCUAUGAAACGGAGGAGCAGGCGCAAAAGGCGGCCGAACUGCUUAACGGCAAGGUGUUCGACGGGAAGCGCAUCCACGCCUUGCACCUGUCAUCCGCUCUGCUGCCCAACUAUAAAACAUCCGUCUACUUGACGUCUCUCGACCGUUCCGUUACCGAGGAGCAAGUGUACGAUCACUUCAAACAGUUUGGUGACAUCGAUUUCGUAAAUCGACGCAACUGUGGAGAUAAUGCGAUCAUCUGCUUCAAGUCUGAAGAGGCAGUAGAGAAGGCACUUACCUGCACUACGUUCCCGGCUCCAACCGAGGCCAAUAAGGAAGCUUCCAAACCGAUCACGGUGAAGAAAUACGAUGGUCCUUUGGUGUUGCGCGUGGCUGCCGUGAAGCGAAAGGCUACGGCGCGCCCAACUGACGGAAAACCACGCGAUGGACGCUCGCAGCGUGGUGGUGAGGGUGACAAAUCGCUCAAAGAAACUCUGUUCAAGCUACAGACGCUGUAUCCAGUGUACGUGUCCAACAUCCCGUUCAGUUGCCCAUCACACGUGCUGAAAGAGUUCUUUUCGGCAAAUGACGGCGAGGUUAAGUUCAUCUUUUCACCGCAGCACUUGGCCUACCGGCUAAGCGCCCCCCAGCCGGUUAAAACGGCCAUGAUUUACUAUACGCGCCGCAACGAUGCUCUGAAUGCGACUAAAAUGUUUGACAAAAAAGUGCUCAAUAAUCACCAUCUCUACGUGCUGCCCGGACGUGCCGACUCGUUCUUCAACCAGCAGAAAACCAUCAAGCUUUCCAAAAUUAACGAAUCGCUGUCGGAGGAUGCCAUUUUCCGCAAGAUGCGCCCAUUAGGUAAAGUUGUACGAUUGACGAAAAAGAGCCGCUCGGUGGCAUUCGUUGAGUUUGGAGACGCUGCCGAUGUUGAAAAAAUUCUGAAGAUGAAACAAGACGAGCUGCCGGUCAGUUGUGUCUUUUCGAAGAUCACAAAAGACCUCAGCCGCCGCCUGUACAAUGAAUCUGAUCCUCGCAUUCUUGGCACCAUCGUUCGGCUGUUGCGCCGCAACCCAAAAAUGCUGAACAAGACGACCGGGGCAGGGCCGCUCAUGGGCACCAAUAAUAGUCCUCAUGCUGUCGGUGGCCCCGGUCCGUUCCACGGUGGCAAGCGUCCCCGAAUGAGUGGUCCACCUGGUUUCGGAAAUCCACCUCACUUCAAUCCCAAUAAUGGUGGCAAUAAUAUGAAUAACAACCAAGCCAUUCAAGACCUUUUACGGUUGGCAUUCAUGUCCGGCAAGAACGUAGGCGAAAGCUUGGCGGCCGGUGGUGGCGGUGGUGGCAAUCAGGGCCACAACCGCGGCGGUAAUUCGUUCAACGCCAUCGAACCACCAAUUUCCAACCAAGGCGGUGGUAACAAUAGUGGUAACAACGCCUUUGGUGGUGGUGACGGUGGCUUCGGCGCCGGUGGCGGUGGUGGCCGCAAUCUGAACAACCGUCAAAACAACUCGAACUUCCGCGGCGGCAACCGCAACAACCAGAACUCUAACGUCGGUGGCAAUCGUAGCCUCGGCAGUGUUGGUGGCAAUAUCAACAGUGGCAACACUACCGGGAACAAUAAUUUCGGCAACAACCAGAACCCGAACAAUAGUGGUGGCCCCCGUGGCGGUGGUGGAAGUAGUGCCGCCGGCGGUUCCCUCGGUGGUAGCGGUCUUAUGAACAACCGCAACAACAUGAACAACCGUAACAAUAAUCAAAAUAUGAACAAACGUGGAGGAGGUAAUAUGCAGCAUCAGUCGCCGUUGCAGGGUACGGUUGUUGGAGUUGCUUCGGGAGGCAACCAAAACAACAACAGCAACAACAAUAAGGGAGGAAUGCGGGGCAAUAAUCAGGUCCAGGGUGCCGGUAGUGGCGGAAUGGGCGGUAGUGGAGGCGGUGGUGGCAAUAUGGGUAUGGCGAAUCGUUCGAACAAUAUGGGCGGUGGAAACCGUAACAAUCAGAACCGCAACAACUACAACGACAACAACUCGUUCGGUGGUGGUAGUAUGGGCGGUGGUAACAACAGUGGAUUUGGAGGAGUUGGUGGUGGCAACAACUUCUCAAAUGACAAUUUCGGUCGCAACAAUGAUAACAAUUUUUCCAACGACAACUUUGGCGGUGGUCGUAACGACAGUUUCUCGAACGAUAGCAAUUUUGGCGGCGGCCGUAACAACUUUGGCAACCGUGGCAAUAACGAUAACUUUGGCGGCAAUCGAAAUGACAACUUUGGUAACAACAGAAACGACAACUUUGGUGGUGGCGGCGGAAGCUCCAAUUUUGGAGGUGCUAGCUCGUACGGCGGCGGUAGUGGCAGUGGUGGCAGUCGCUUUAACAACGACAACGAUGGUCUUUUCGGAGGCAACAAUGUGGGUGCGAGUGGCGGUGGCAGCAACUCUUUUAGUGGCAUGAACAGCCGGGGCAACAACGCGUCCAACAAUCGCUUUAGCGAUGAUAAUGUUGGCGGUAAUUUUGGCGGCGGUGGCAAUAGCAACCGUGGCGGCAACAACUACAACGAUAACAGUAGUUUCGGUAAUAACAACCGCGCAAACAACCAAAAACCACAGUCACUGUUCAAUCUGGGCGGUGGGGGUUCCAUCGGCUCCACUAAUUCCAAUAUGUCGUACAAUAAUUUCGGCGGAAACUCCAAUUCUGGCAAUACCUUCCGCAACAAUGAUAACAGCGGCGGAGGCAAUAAAAGCUGGACCAGUAAUAACAGUGGGCUUGGAGGUGGUGGCCGGUCCAACAACAAUCAGGACAACAUCGGUCGCUUGGCCGGAAGCCUGUUUAGCCGUCGGUUUUAAGUGCAUAAAGCUGGCUUUGCUUACUUGAUAUAGUGACCGAAAAGAAAGGAACUGGCCGCGAACGUCCACACACAUGCUUACCAAGUGUGUGCACCGUGGUAGACAGGUUUUCAAUGCAGAACGACCUCGGUUGUAAAAUCAUACCAGUAUGUAAUAUGCAAGUAAUAAGUUUCCACCACUUUUUUAUUACCCACCAAUAUCCUUCGACACGGAAGAGCGCAGAGCAUCAGAAUGGUGGGUUAAUAUUAUAGACAGAACAGGAUUUUAUGUUUGCGAUGAUUGCGAUGCGUGGUGUCCACUAACCUGUGCGAUCUAUACUACACUAGGCUUUAAUUUAUUACUUUACCUUUGACGACAUCCGAGUUCGUCUUUACUUUAUGCUCAAAUCUGUCGUCUAUAAGCCUCUAAAACAAAGGUUUUACUGUCUUUGGACGCAGUAGGCAGAGGGAGCUCUUGUUUUCGUGCAAAAAUGGCGCUUAAACGUUUUAAACAAUGUAAAUGAUAUACUUAGAGCGCAAUUAGGGAGGAACGACACACCACAAAAUACUGAUUACGUUUCAGUUUGUGUACACAUAGCGUAGAGACAUGUCCACCUUUUCCUCUUACAUUGACCACAAAAUGUAUACAUCCGAGGAAGGAACAUGUCCUAAAGAGAUGAAUUGACAAGUAAAUCAUAAACUCUAGUUGCUAAGAUGAAUAAAUUUAGAGCGAUAACUAUCAACACAACAAACUAAGCAGAGUCAAAAUGUACGUAGGGGAAACUGACGCAUAUAAGAAGCGUAAAUAGUGAACAAUACAAGUACGUUCGUGCACAACACACCUUCAUUCAUGACUAGAAGCAAGCUCUAUUGCUACGCCAGCUGGUGAAUUGUGUAGCCGAAAUUGUUUCCUAACAACACGCAGGAGCUAUUUUGCUACAACAGUAACCAGCGUGUGUGUAUGCUGACUCAAACAUAAUUUCGUCAAUGGAUCGAAAGACGACCAUUCAACCAUACGUGGGUUGCACUUACACUGAAAUUCGGUGGCAUUAAUUAGCUUGAGAACGUGGCGCAUGUUCUGUCAAAAGUAAUUGAAAAAUUCUCCUGAUAGCAAGAGCCGUGCCUCAAUAUUUUUUGCAACUUUAUUCUAUUCGAUGUUACACCAAGAAAAGCUUGUAGCAUUUAUUUGUUUUCUCUAAAUAGUUAUAAUCGAGAAUAAUUGACUGACCACAGAUUUUGUUGAUAUUAAACAACUUCUGUCCAGGUUACAGUAAUUUGUGUGAACGAUCGCCAAGAAAUGAGCACAUGCAGGCUCAAGUUGAUUUAAUUUUUGUAAAACAAAAUGUAACAAAUGUCGAAUCACGGCACGCGCGCCGCGUUCUAUCUAAAGCAUGAUUUCUCUUCUGUCCAGACUCAGCUUUUCGUAUAAAAGUCCACCUUUCCUCACUUGGUUUGAGACGAGGAAAUGAAGUAAGAGUUUGAAAAGGAUAAAUUAAGACGUUUAUUAUAAACUAGUAUUUCAACUCUUCUUUUACUGACUAUUUUUUCACACACAAUUUGCGCUUCCCGUGGCAUGUAUUGCAAGGCGGCAAAAAAUUAUCAUAGAAGACAUGUGCAGCAAUUAGGUCGCCGUGUUAGAAAAAGAGCAGAUACAUGUGAAGCAUUUGUUUUCAUUAACGCAAAACGUUGGAAGAUGACUACAACACCUGCACGAAUGGCUCGUAAAUGUUUUAGCUGUAAGUUUGUGGUAGCCCAUAUUGAACUUUGACAGGCUAAAUCUUUGUCCCUUAUUGCGCACGCAUAGACUGAGAAUUAUCGAAAUGUUUCACAUAAAACAAUGACUCAGUCUUAGAGAACUUCCAGUGGAUUUGUAUGUCACUUGGCACCUUCGAAUGCAUUACUAUAACGAUACUAAAUAAAAUCUUACAAAACCAACCAUUAUCUGUACCUGGUUAUGAUUGUCUAGUUAUAUUUUCGUAAAAACAGACAAUGCAUUGGGAAUUUGUAUAAUACUUCCUAUUUCCUCUUUACAGUACAAACCAAGACAUAACUCCACUGAUGAAAUUCUGCAAGGUGCAACGCCAUGCCACACUACGUGUGCUCUUCAGUACUCGAAUAAGUAGUACAGUCCUAACGCACCGACGACCGUAUGCUAGGCUAGUGAGAGCAUUUUCAUAUUUUAAGUAGGGUACUUGGAUUAGUACUUGUGCUUCACAGGAGAACUCAGCCUGGCAUGAUGUAUUGCCGUGAGCUUUACUUCGAACACAUUCGCAGAUCGUUACGUCAUCACGCUUGGGAAAGCAAUCAAUCGCAAGGACAAUCACACCACAGGAGAGCUGCUAAUAUGAAUAUGUCCGUCUGUUUGGCCGGAGGCGCCAAUUUUAUUUUUUCUGCACAGCAAAGCUAGUCCCGCCGGCUCAGGAGAAAGACAACCCGGACCCGGCAGUCAAUGCCACAAAAUAAACGCCUUGCCGAAUUUUGUAUCGCAGGGCGAUUAGUGGCCUCCCGAAUGUCAAGGCCACGAUGCUACGGCAAGGAUGAAAAGCCCGACCAUAAUUAUCCCCACUCACUAUGGGCACAGAAAGUUUUCGUGCAUUACGUUUGAGUAAGUACAUCUAUUCGCAUCCUACACUAGAGAGCAUAUUAAAGUGGUCCGUUUUCUCUGCCAAGACCCUGCGGUGGAGGACGGCAUCACAAUGUUCGCGCACUCAUAGUGCAGAAUCAGCAAAAUCCGAUCAUAAAGCCAUCCACCUUAUCGGCAAAAGUUUGAUGGACUUAGUGAUACGGUAGAUGCUAUCAGUCAUUGAUUCGGUUUUUGUUAUAAAUUAAUGACAUUGUCUUUCUUAUGUUAUGGGGGUCGGUUUAGUAAACAGGAUCAACAACCGUCGAUGUGCUAGUUCGUUCUACCAGAGUACUAGGACAGCAUUGGCAACAACGUGGCAUUGCGAGGAGUCACUACAAAUGCUUGCGAAGAAGUGCUGGGCUUAUCAUACCCGCCGUAUUCACCCACGUUUCAUGGGCUGUUGGUGAUAGAUGAUACUAAUAGUGAAGCCUGCAUUGAAUAAUGCUAAAUGUGGCAGACAAUUGACCAAAUGUAAAAAACGUAAACCUCGGGACGGUUGCUGAAGUUGGUUUCACAACACAGUAUUGAACGAGAACUGUGGCCCAAACACCAGCGUUUCUAAAACGUUCUCGUUGCGCAACGCUGAACGUUCAAUUCCGGGGCAUAUUAUGGCGUACUGAAUGCAACAACGACGAAAUACUUGAAUGCUGCUUCCUGGCCCGGCCUAUUUCUCCGGUUGCUGCUAUGUUCAACUGCUCAGCACUGGAGCUGGAGUUUGCAAGAACCAACACGCCGUAGACAGAUUGCUCUGCAGCAGCUGCAACACUUACGAAAUUACACGGAAGAGGUCGCCAGAGCGUGAUCAAAGCGAGCAAAGACGCAAAAGGGUGUUCAGCCUUGAAGAUGCUUCAAGCAUUGUGAACAAUGUGCUAUCCGAUAUCAUCGGGAAUGUAAGUAAAGUUGCCCACAAUACGUUUGCAUGACUUCGUAAGGGCACCGAUCCUAAAGCUCGCCUACAGGAUUGCCAAGUAUUUGCACUUCGUAAACCUCUUCUCCUCAUCUAUAUAAUUGUGUUUGUUCUUGUACUAUUAUUGUAACGACCCGGUUGAAGCGGCCGAUUAAAGAAAGUAUUAAAAUCUUGUUGCCAACAGACAUUCACAAGACACAAGCGCUAUAAAGUCGUCGCAAAACGCGAUUCAUAGUGGUAUUGACACAUGUUGCCUGUCAUCAAUUAUUGAUUUGGCAUCGGGUUGUCUGAAACCUGAAACUGAACCUCAGUAUUUUUAUAUCUACCUACAUUUUUGUACCAUUUAAUGAUGGCGCCUGACAUUAUUUUGUAGAAUUAACGAACGUUAUGUCUGUUACGAACAGUUCACUACUCACGUAACUUUGAUCUUACUUUUAGGGGCCCGAGAUUCUACGAUGGAAAAAGCUCCUCAGGGAGUGUUGACAACAAAGGUGUCUUUAUUAUCAAAUAAAUUACUACUAACUUAAAUUUCAUUCCAAAGCACGCAUGCAGCAGAACGUCAGCAGUUUACGGCGGAAAGCAGUGUCUUCGGUGGGGUAACUAUAAGGGCUAUCAAGUAACGUGAAUUGUAACCAACAAAUUAUUUAUUGCUUCAUGUUUCGUAAUAAUAUCGCUCUGCUCACAAAUGUAAACGAAAGAUUCCAAUGUGUUUCGAUUCACAGAAAUCGAUACGUGUAACUGUUACGCGGUGCAAACAAAAUGUGAUAAACUCUUAUAUUAGUAUUUAGAUAACUCGCGACAGUGUGUGCCAGUUGGUGUGAAUGAAUUGGUUAUUGAAGAGAUCGAUCCACCCGAAUAACAUUUGCGGUUGGAUGGGUCGAAGGAUGUUUAAUAAAACUGUCCAAAUGUGCCCAGCAACAUCCAUCCCUGGUGGUGGUAGCCAAAGAACGAUACGUGUCAUAGCAAAACACAAAACCGUGGAGGACGUAGAGGAUCGAUGUUCAAAAAUGAUUGCUCGUCAAGAACGUUUCGAACAUCGUGCUCGGCCCCAAUUCUGUUUAGUUGUUUUACCACCCCUCUAUGCACACAGAGUUGCUAACCACUGGGAUUUUGCUGUUGAGCCGUUUGACUCAAAUCAAAAUUAUACUGACUUUUAUUUCCUCUUUUCUAUUACAUUUUUCCACCGCUCCGUCACUUAUAACGUAACACGGCUGGCGACCGAUGUCCGUCCGUUCUGGUCUGUACUCUUUGGGGUUUCGUUCCUUCGUCUGCUGGUCUUUUAUUCGUUCCACUACGCACGGGUGUUUCUAUCGGUUUCUUCCGGUUUUCUAU